AUGAAUAUAUUAUAUUUUAGGAAUUUAGUUUUAAUUAUCUCCUUUUUUGUGAUAAACAACCAAAUUAAUAUUAAAAAUGGAUUUAUAUUAUUGGGCUUUUUUAGUAGCUUUUCUUGGAAAAGUGAAAAUAAUAUGAUGACAGAAUGGGUAUUAAAUGGCAGUCUAACUAAUCAAAAUAAAAAUAUCCGAAUUUUAAAUGCCCAUACUGAUUUGAAUGAUAAUGUGGAUAGUAAUAUUGCAUAUAAAAAUUUGGAUAAAAAUGAAAAUGCCACAUCAGGAAAAUCUUUAUUUCAUAAUACAAAUUAUUAUAAUCACUUAGAUAAAAGUGAACAUAAGGAGAAUCAUAAUUCAAAAGCUGAAAUUGAAAUAAAGGAACUCAUAAAGAAAGAAAUCGAGAAAAAUAUCAAAAAAGAGGAACAACUCAUAAAGAAAGAAAUCGAUAAAAGCAUCAAAAAAGAAGAAGAACACAUAAAAAACGAAAUCGAUAAAAGUAUCAAAAAAGAGGAAGAACAUAUAAAAAACGAAAUCGAUAAUGAACAAGAUAAUGAACAAGAUACUGAACAAGAUGAUGAACAAGGUGAAGAAAAAGGUGAAGAAAAAGACAAACCGAAGGAAAAAAAAAUAGAAAAACUAAUACAUCAUGAAAUUAGGAAAAUUAAUGAACAAAUUGAAAAAAAUAUACAAGAAAGCGAACAAAAAAAGAACCCUGGUGAUAUAAACAAAAAUAAAACUAUAGCAAUUGAAAUAAAAAGUGAAAACAGACAUCCUAAAAUGAAAUGCUCAAAUCAAUUAAAUUAUAUAGAAUAUUCAAAUAUAGAUAAAAAGUUCACAAGCGAAAAAUCUAAUAAUGAUGUAAUUUCCUUUAUUAAUAUAAAAACAAAAGAUAAAAUAUAUUUUAGAGAUAAAAUAAAUGAAAAUAUUACAAAAAUUGAAGAUCAUUAUAAUACAAAUCAAAUAUCAAACAUCGAACACAUGGAAGUAGAACCAAAUAGCAUUAAACAGGACCAAGAUGUUACAGGUGAACAAAUUAAAAAUAAAAAUAAAAACAAAAUCCAAGACAAUGCAACGUUAUAUGAAAAUAAUAAUAAUAAUGAUAAUAAUCAUAAUAUUAAUAAUGACAAUAAUAAUGAUAAUAAUAUUAAUAACGUAUUUUUGGAUUCAAAGGAAUAUAACAAAUUUCACAUAUUUUUUAAUAAUAAUUUAAAGAAUAUUAAUAAGCAUAAAAAUUUUCAUAAAUAUAAUAACAAUUUAAAUGAAAUCACAAAAAAUAAUGAUAUAACUAAAAGCGUUUUUACUAAUUUUAUAACGGAAAAUCAAGAAGAUGAUUCUCCUCCCCUAUCACCCAUAAAUUUUGGACGUCGAAGUUCGGUUUUAAAUUUAAGCAAUGAUGAGUAUAAUAAAUUAAUGAAUGAAGCAAGUGUGCUUGUAUAUGAUAAUAAUGAAAUUGUCCCAUAUAGAUAUGACCCCUUUGAAGUAAAAGAUGAUGCUAUAAAUGAUGCAGAAAGAAAUAACAAUAACAAUAAUAAUAAUAAUAAUGAUAAUAAUAAUAAUAAUGAUAGUAAUCAUAGUAAUUAUAGUAAUGAUAAUAAUAAUAAUAUAUAUAGGGACAACCCCAAUGAUAUGUCAUCAGAAAAUAACCCAGAGGAAGAAUCUCAAUUUAAAGGAAUGCUUUUAACAUUUGUAACUGUUAUUAUAAUUCUUGCGAUUAUAUUUUUAAUUGCAUUUAUUAUUUAUUAUUAUGAUAUUAUAAAUAAAAUACGUGUAAAAUUACAAAAUAAAGGAAAAAAUAAUAAAUCAAUGACAAUAAAAAAUGACAAAUCCUCAGGAAUAUACAUCGAUAAUUACUAUGCUGAUAAUACUCAUGUAUAA